UGAGUGGCGAAAAUACUCCGGAUGCAUGUGUGUUGGGGGGGGGGAAACGUGGUGGUAUAUUCUGAACCUGAAGCGAUCGACUUGGCUGGGCUUAAUUUAGAUCGUAGAGGAUCUUGGUGGACGAGUCGCAGAUUCAUGGGAAGACUGCACACACCUGGUCACAGACAAAAUACGACGCACAGUGAAGUUUUUAUGUGCGCUUUCCGCUGGUCGGAACAUUGUCAGUAUCCGGUGGCUCGACGAUUCAAAAUCAAAGGGCUACUUUGUGGGUAAGAGUUCGGCGAUUGCUGGAAGAUAAAUGAUGCUCCAUCUUGAGCGAUGAGUAUGAUGACUUGGAGACAGCCAUAGUGACGACUACGACGCUCAACUGGCAGACGAAAAGAAGUUCAUUUUACAAGAUAAGGAAGGCGAGAAGGCCCAUAGUUUCUCGCUGAGGUCUUCCCUUGCACAGACUCAGAUGCAUCCAAGUUCGCUGAUGAAGGGGCUGCAGUUCUAUGCAACAAAAAAUAUUAAACCUGCGGAAGACGAGCUGAGGGAGAUUGUUAGCGCAUCGGGCGGCACGAUGAUACAGCGAGUCGAUGAAUCCCCAGACGAAAAUACCAUCGUCUUGGGCUGCCAUGAAGACGAGGAGGAGUGUCAAGCACUUGCUCAGAAGGGAUGGACGAUCCACACCAACGAGUUUGUGAUGACUGGAAUUUUGCGGCAGAGAGUGGAGAAGGAAAGAUAUCACCUCUCGCUACCGAAUCGACGUGCCAACCCACCGGCAAGCUCACAGCGCCCAAGGAAGGCAUCGAGGAAACACAGUUGAGGAGAAUGAGACUCUGCACGGAUAUACUGUGUUAUGUGUUGGAUAAUGGGCAGAGGCAACAGUGCGUCAUUGAGAGUUUUCGGAUCAUUGGAAACAUCUCUCUUGAUAUGGAAUACAACACCGAACUGUAAUGAACGAGGGACGGACCGGGGACGGGACAUGGGACUAUCGGGGCACGGGCGAGCGGAGCGGGCAAGGCAGCGUGGGAACGGAGGUGUAUUCAGGGAAGCGGGUCAGCGGAGUAGCCAGGAAGGCGAGAUGAACAGAAG